GGGCAUCAAAAUGCUUAGAAGCAAGAGCCGCCGGACCUGAGGGGAAGUGCACAUUGCAGACACUGGACUGUCGAAGACAUCUAGAUCAUUCGCAUUUCCACCCCACAGGGAAGUGAGUUAAGGAGUAGCCGACGCGCCAGGACACUUAAGAUGUGGACAGAAAAGGGAAAUGCAGUCGGCAACUGGUUGUUGGCUUUCACAGUUUUUUUGGCAUUGGCUAAAUUUGCUACAACCGAUAAUUGUUUUCCAACCAUAUUCGGAUUUCUAACUCUCAUAUGGAUUCCGCAGGCCUCAGCCGAAUGCCAAACGCGAUCGAUUUACUGCUACGAAUGCGAUUCUUGGACAGAUGCCCGCUGUAAGGAUCCGUUUAAUUAUACGGCUCUUCCGAGGGACCAGCCACCCCUGAUGACCUGCAACGGUUGCUGUGUGAAAAUGGUUCGCCAUCAGAGAUCACCCUACGAGGUGGUGCGCCGCAUGUGUACGUCACAGUUACAGAUCAAUUUAUUCAUGGUCGAUCACGUGUGCAUGAUGGAAAGUUCAGGCAAUGGACAUAUGUGCUUUUGUGAGGAAGAUAUGUGCAAUUCUAGUAAAGAUUUAUACACUCAUGGCCACCAGUUGCAUCUCAUAAUUACCAUCGCAGUGGCAGUGUCCUGGCUAAUGGGUCAAUUGCUCAACAGAUAGAAAGUGCUGUUAGGUUCAGACCCAUAGAUACAUACUCACUCACACACACGCCACACGCCACACACCACACACACAUAAAACUGUCAAAUCUCUCGCUCUCCGUCUCUAUCUAUCUCUCUGUAAACAUAUUGAUUUGUAGCUUGAAUUUCAUUUUGUACGUUUGAAGCACAGUUUUCGAUGAUCUGAUCUGAAGCCGAAACGAGCAUUGAAUUGAGUAGUUUGAAUACAUAAAACUUAGUUCGAUAAGCACCAUUAGAUAGCUCAAGUAGCCCAAUGCUUCCACAGACAGAGGCUUCCUUUUUUUGUACUCUAACACACUUGAACACACACUAACACACUUAACACCUUGAACACACGUACACGGUAAGCGAGCUUUGGAUGCACUCGGCGUUCGUAAGAGACGCGACGAGUAGAUUCGAACGAGUGUUUCGAAUUCAGGAGUCACAGUACGAGUACUCCGUAUUUGAAUUGCAUGUGUUGUUGAUGCUAAAGCAAGCCUGAAGCAUGUAGCGCUUAAGUAGGAAUUGUAGUUACAUUUUGUUUUCGUUGUUACUUACAUUUGUAAAUGCCCCCCCCCCGCCCCCAAGAAGAGGGAUAAACCAAAACCAAGCCCCAAAUCGAUUCACACAUAAAUAUGUAUGUAUGUUAUGUACAUAAACAUUCAAUUAUAUCAUAUGUAUGUAAACUUGGAAUAACUCGCCAACUCUUGGUUUGUAAAUACCUCCAAAUCCAACUACAGCAGUGUUCAUCCAACACGAAUCUGACGUUAAAGGAAAUGGAAUAUUUGCUCAUCCUGUUUAUUCCAAAGUCAAAGGAGAGAACUUCAUGUUGCAUUACAUUAAGCAUUAGUCAUAUCACGUAGCCCAAACCAAAAUGGGUAUCGAGUCUUUGGAUAUAUCGAUCUUAGUGGAGUCGCAUCAUUACCUCCCACCUCCCCCCCCCCCCCACCCCCUCAAACUGUAUAAAAAAUCAGUCGUCACGUCGCCCGUGCUCCCUUUGGUUUGUAUUCAACAAGUGAUAAUUAGUUAGUAAGUAGAAGACUCCACUCCACAUACCCCUAGCCCUAGCCCCAUCCCCAAAACACAUUAUGAAUUUGAAAGUGACUCAAUUCUCAUUGUUAUGCUAGUGAUAGACUUAAACGAAUCGAAUUAUAUAGCUUAUGUUUUGAGUUUUUGGAUAAUGAAUUAAUAUUAUUACGUAUAGUAAUGGUUAACCUAUCGAGCACCACUCGAUGUAUUCGACUCGAGAUUUUGUACUGUACUAAGCGCAUUUGAAUCGUUUUUCAUUUGUACUCGUAUUAUUGAGAAUUGGCUAAAUAAAUAACAAACAUUUUUACCAUAGCAUAACAUCUCUAGCUAAAUUUACUCUUAACCUUUCAACAUUUUAGCUUAGAUCCGUUUAUUAUCUUCAAGUUCUCUUACCCACUCUCUCUCUUUCUCACUCUUGCACUGCUCCCUCACGCAUUUGUACAAUAUAAUAUUAAUCUUCGUACUGGCUUUGGUUGAUUUAAUUGAAACUUGCUUAAAGAAAUUUGCCAACAAGUGCAAGAGACAUUUUUCCAUCCGUCCAGCUGUGGAGCAUGUUCCGUUCUCAGUACUGCAGUGCUUUCUGGGCCCGCAAGGUAAGUCACCAGAAAAGUACAGUUGCACACCGUUUGCCUUAGUUCGCUCCUGACUACUCUCUCUCUCUAUUAGUCUCGCUCGCUCGCUCUAGCUGGGAGUCAGAGUCGGCCGCCUAUCUUGGUGCUACACACACACUCCUCUCUCUCUAACUAUCUAUCUAUCUAUCCCUUUAUAUCCUUAUAUCCAUCCCACACUUGGCAAAUAUUAUGCAAUGAUCUAACACCAUUAGAUUUGAGUUCGAUUUAACGUUUCAUUUGUUGUAUAGUUUAUAGUUAUGCUUUCGUUGCUUACGUUGGAUUGUUCGAUGACAAAUACAUAUACAUAUGCAACUUAUCUAUAAUAUCCACACACACACAUAUGUAUAUCUAACCGAUUUUGGUUUGUGAAUGUUGACAAUAUUCUUGUAACCAGUAUUUGAUUGAAUGAUUGAUUGACGGUUAAUGCGUUUUCAAGUUUAUUAACCAUACCAAAAAACAAAAACUAAAACAUAAACAUAAAAAAAUACUAUCGAAGCAGGCAAUGAAAUCGAAAUGAAAUGAAUUUGCAAGCACACCGCAUAUGGAUUUUGUAGUGCAAAAAGAGAUAUUUUUUUUUUAAUUUAGUACUUUUUGUAGUUCCAACAUCUAACGCCCACUUUCUGCGCCCACAUUCUCUCUCUCUCUGUCUCUUUCUAUAAUUCUCUUAUGUAUCUCUGUAAAUCUUUCUAUCUGUUUAACUAACUCUGUAACUCACUCUACUAAUCUUAUGACUCUUUUUACUAACAUUCUUUAAAACCGAAACAUAGAAUUCCUCUUCUAGAGACACACACACACACACACACCCGUAGCAUAUAAAACAGCAACAAACGAUAAACGAUAACACCCAACCCAACCCAACCCAAGCCAACACUUUGAAUAGAAUAUACACAGAUAUAUGCACUCGUCACUGGGAUCAUUGCAAGGUAACGAUUAGUCACAAGUGCAUAUACCCGGACAUACACAGAAAGUAUACAAAGAUACAUACUAUAUAAAACAGAUAAUACUACUGAAUCAUUAGCCCCAAACACUUAGUUCAAAGAUCAUAAAUAACAAACAUAAAUUUUUACUACAUGUAGGCGCGAAAAGAUAUUAAAACUUGCUCUGCAUUUGAAUAUACAUAUAUGUAGAAUAUCUGCCGUUGAAAGACCCGAAUAUUGUGGGCCAAGUUUCCAAUCCAUAGAUUCCUCACAAUACAAAAAGCACUAAAUUAAUAUCAUAGACUUUACCAAUAUAGCCGCCAAAGCGCUAUCUAACUUAACAUUGGUAUUGGUUGUUGAAUAUUGCAAAGAAAAACCAAAAACUAAUAAUAUCAAGAAAAGAAAAGGAAAGCCAAAGAAGAGUGACCAAAGAAUCAAAACAAAAGCAAAACCAACUCGAGAACAAUCAGCCUUCGCCUUAAUUUUGUUCAGUUUACUUAUUUGUUUCACCUUAAAUAUCUCAUUUUCCCGAUACAUAAUACAUUUAUCGCCUUGAAUAGCAGAUACUGCCUUUUCCUUCAAGUUCCAACACACUUUACGCUUUAAUUUCUAUUGAUUUCACCUCAACUCACCACGAAUCCAUCUUCUUCUAUUUCCCCACCACCUCACUCAACUGUCACCUGCCACCCACUCUCACCCACUAUUACUCUCUCUCUGAAUGUCUGUCAAUCAGUCAGUCAAGUCACCAAGCCCCCCGGCCAAACCGCUCGCGCUCAGCUGCCAUGGAACUCAAGCUGACAUAGCACCCACAUAUGUUCCACCACUCCACUUCCACCAUCCCAUCGAACAGCAGAGUCUCGUCAGGUGACGGCGCGCAGGCGCUGCAGUCUGCGACAGAGCUUACUCUUCUACCACUAGAGGACUGCUCUCUCGGAGCUGGAGGGUUCGCCUGCCCGUCCGUUUUAUGGUGCUUUUUCACAUACGACACCACUGUCUGACUUAAGUUUUUUCAUCAUGUACGCCAUCGCAACCAUUGACAGUGGUCGCAAUGCUGCGACAGCCGCUCCACACUUGCCGCAGUGGGCAUGUGUGGGCGGCAUGCGCGCUUUAUUGCCGAGCAUCUGUUUACAGUUGGCCAGCCCUUUGGCCUGUGUGCGCGUAAUGCUAGCCGCAUUCGAAAUGCACUUGGCCACAAGCGGCAGAGCCGCAACAUGUAAUUGUGAACGUCUGUGCGGUGCGGCAUAGCAUGACAUGCUUCGAUCGGGCCACGACACGACCGCUGGCGCCACAAAACCGCUGGAGGAUCAGCGCGGGACCCCGAAUCGUGAGCAGACGGCGGAACAGAAACGGAACAGACAGCUUUGGGGGCUUCCAAUGCUUUGGCUUGAACAACACCCAAAAACCCAAAGCUUUCUUUUAUCUACGCCUCAACUCAAUAUAUAGCCAUUAAAUAUUUACUCAACCUAGCUCAACGGUGCUUCCAGUUCGCUUUCGUUAACCAGUCAAUGGCUUGCCAAGGCAAAGAGGAGCGAACAGAACAUUUCUCGGUUAAAGUAUUGAGCAUUCUGAAUGUAAAUCGUAUUAAUUAUCCGCUAUAGCUUAAAAAUACUCGUAUUUAAAUGCAUACUCGCAAGAAAUUGUUAAAGAUCCAUUUUAAAUUUUAAUAUUAUGUGUUAUAGGGAUAAAAAUCUAUGAGCACCGUACCAAAAUAUCUCAAUCUCAACAAUUGUAUCUAGCCAAUAAAGAUAUUUCAAGUAAACAUUAAAUC